AUGUCGUCGGAAUGUAUUGUUGAAUUGGCGACCUACGUUCCCUACGUGUUGGUCCCAGAAGUUUACGGAAAGUCGUUCUGCGUCGGGUUCUCGUCUGCAAACAAUGGCAACAGAUGGCAAGGCGCUGCCCUUAUCGUGCUAUUCUGCAGUACGUUACAGAAGUACACUACCAGAAACGGUAGUUUCAUCGGAGUUCGGUCCCCUGGAUCCGACACAGUCAAUACACCAUUCGUUGUCCUCGACGCGUUGCGGUAUUCUGCAAAUUCAUUGCGCGUCCUCUAUUGGUUGAAUUCUUACCUCUACCCUCAACAACUCAAGCUGGAGGAACUUUUGAGGGACCUUCCCAAUUUGCCUAAGACGAUCAAGAGAAUUUGUCGUCUGAUCGAUUCCUGGGAAGAGGUGACCUCGCGUGUUCACAAAGUUAGAUAUCUUUGCUGGCAAGAAUGGGCACAGGUCAUUCCCCUCAGGCGGCACACUGACGCUGCACGGGAUUGCUCACGUAGUUUACCGAAGCGUUUUAGCGAACGUCUCCUCUACGAACUUGGUUGGGCAGUUAUUCGAAUCGGAGCCCUGGAGAACUUGCCCAUGUGGAAUGCAAAACGGAGAGAGACCACGACUACUGGUUGGCCUCCCCGAGAACAAUUUAGGAAGACUUCGUUUAUGAACUACGGCAAUGAUCAAGAUGAAUUACUUUAA